UGACGCUACGGUGAUUCUUCGAUGUGUCUUGUUUUUUGGUUAUUUCGCUGGAAAUUAUUUUACAUAUUUCCUAAGAUCAUAUAUACCGUACGUGAAUUUUGAAAUUUGCAUAUUCGUACGGCGCGUUUCAACCAAUUGCUUGCUCACGAAUGCGAGAGCUAUGAUCUCGUGAUAAAAACGCCAUUUUCUUUACGCCUUUGGCAAUCGUUUAGAAAAUAACACUAUAUUCUAUUGAUAUUCGGCUAAAUAUAUCAAAAGAGAAAUGUCAGACGAUCCGAGUUUGUACAGAUUAGAGGGGACGAUAGGAGAUCAAGCGGGUGGUCUGAUCGUACGUAAGAAAGCUUCGGACCACACUUUCAAGAAACCCUCCGUACUAGGCCUCGACAAGCUCGCCGAACGAAAGAGAAAGGAGCAGUCGCAGGAGCCCGCCGGCUCGAAGUUCAGCAAAUCCGAAGGGAGGGACAGGCGAUACCGAUCCUACGAGGAGGAGACCCCUACUCACACCGGCGGUGUCAAUUCUGAGGCGCAACAGAGAUUGGAGUCGCGACUCAAGCGUCAGCGAUUAGGCGCGGACGAUAGGUACUCGAGGAAUUCGUACAAGGAUCGCGAGCGGGACAGAGACAGGCGGAGAGAUCGGGACAGGGAGAGUCGUGGCAGGGACAGCAGCGCGAGGCAGACGCCACUCAGAUUCAGAGACGAGCCGCAAACGCCGAAAUUUCGGACGAAGGAUCCGACCUCCAAGAGCAAUUGGGACGACGACGAGGACGAGGAGCCGAAACGCUCGAGCUGGGACCAUCCGACGCCGAAUCUUUACAGCAGCCGGGACGGUCGCGACAGCAUCAGAAGCGAAUUCACUCCUUCCUACAAGUACAACUCGUGGAACAAGGACUUCAAGAGCUCCGGCGCCACGCCGAUGAUAGACGGGGAGGAGAAGGAGCUGUGGGAGGAGGAGCAGCAACGACUGGACAGAGAGUGGUACGCGUUGGACGACGGCGAGAACAACGCUUUCGCCAAUGUGUCCGAGGAGUACACGCAGAAGAAGGAGAUGGAGCUGGAAGCCAAGCGACAGAAACGCCUCUCCGCCCAGCAACGACAGAUAAACAAGGACAACGAAUUGUGGGAGCGUAACCGCAUGCUAACGUCCGGAGUCGUGAGCUCGCUGGACCACGACGACGAUCCCGACGACGAGGGAGAGGCGAGAGUUCACCUGCUGGUUCACAACGUGGUCCCGCCGUUCCUGGACGGACGCAUCGUGUUCACGAAGCAGCCGGAGCCGGUCGUGCCCGUGCGCGACCCCACCUCCGACAUGGCCCUGGUGGCGAGGAAGGGCUCGGCGCUGGUCAAGGCGUACCGCGAGCAAAAGGAGAGACGUAGGGCGCAGAAGAAGCAUUGGGAGCUGGCCGGUACGCACAUCGGCAACAUCAUGGGUGUGCACGAUCGGCGUAAGGACGACAAGGAGCACACCGGGCAAGAAACGGACUUCAAGGCUGGGCAAAAAUACGCUCGGCACAUAGGGUCGGGGGAGGUAACCGGGGAGGCUAGGCACAGGUCCAUACAGCAUCAGAGGAGGACUCUUCCUGUAUUCGCGGUACGACAGGAGCUGCUGAACGUCAUCCGGGAGAACAGCGUCGUUGUAAUAGUAGGCGAGACCGGUAGCGGCAAAACCACGCAACUCACGCAGUAUCUUCACGAGGACGGCUACAGUCGCUACGGCAUGAUUGGUUGCACCCAGCCUAGGAGGGUCGCCGCGAUGUCCGUCGCGAAAAGGGUGUCCGACGAGAUGGCUACUGCUCUAGGCGACAAGGUCGGAUAUGCGAUACGUUUCGAAGAUUGCACUUCGAAGGAUACGGUCAUCAAAUAUAUGACCGACGGUAUUUUACUGAGAGAAAGUUUGAGGGAGGGAGAUUUGGAUCGUUACAGCGUGAUUAUAAUGGACGAAGCUCAUGAACGAUCACUUUCCACCGACGUGUUGUUUGGCCUUCUUAGAGAGGUUGUCGCCAGACGGCAUGAUCUAAAGUUAAUCGUCACGUCCGCAACGAUGGAUUCCAGCAAGUUCUCCGCUUUCUUCGGCAACGCGGCGACAUUCCAAAUACCCGGACGCACGUUCCCCGUCGAGGUGCUGCACGCGAAGAAUCCGGUCGAGGAUUACGUGGACGCGGCUGUGAAGCAGGUCUUGCAAAUUCACCUGCAGCCCAAAAGCGGCGACGUAUUGGUCUUUAUGCCCGGUCAGGAGGACAUCGAGGUCACUUGCGAAGCUCUGAAGGAGCGUUUAGCCGAAAUCGAAUCGGCCCCGCCUCUCUCCAUACUGCCGAUUUAUUCCCAACUGCCGUCGGACUUGCAGGCGAAGAUCUUCCAACGAUCCGAGGGUGGUCUCCGUAAAUGCGUCGUCGCGACCAAUAUAGCGGAAACGUCGCUGACAGUCGACGGUAUCGUCUUCGUCGUCGAUUCGGGAUACUGCAAAUUGAAAGUGUACAAUCCUCGAAUAGGUAUGGACGCUCUGCAAGUGUAUCCCGUGUCGAGAGCAAACGCCGAUCAGAGGCAGGGCAGAGCCGGUCGUACCGGUCCCGGUCAGUGCUUCAGAUUGUACACGCGAAGACAAUACUUGGACGAAUUACUACUCACAGGCGUUCCCGAGAUACAACGCACGAAUUUAGCUAACACGGUACUGCUGCUGAAAUCGCUAGGAGUCCAAGACUUGUUGGCGUUCCAUUUCAUGGAUCCACCGCCGCAAGAUAAUAUACUGAACUCGUUGUAUCAGCUGUGGAUCCUGGGGGCGCUUGACAAUACCGGACGCUUGACCCCCCUGGGACGACAAAUGGCCGAGUUUCCGUUGGAUCCACCGCAAUGUCAGAUGCUCAUAGUCGCUUCUCGUCUCGGCUGUACCGCGGACAUUCUCAUUAUCGUCUCCAUGCUAUCGGUACCGUCGAUCUUCUAUCGGCCGAAGGGACGCGAGGAAGAUUCAGAUUCAGCACGCGAGAAGUUUCAGGUACCGGAGUCGGAUCAUCUGACGUACUUGAACGUGUACAAUCAGUGGAAGGCGAACGGUUAUUCGAGUUCCUGGUGUAACGACCACUUCAUACACGCGAAGGCGAUGCGCAAGGUGCGGGAGGUACGGUCGCAGCUCGAGGAGAUUCUGAAGCAGCAGAAGAUGGAUGUCGUUAGCUGUGGCACCGACUGGGACAUCGUACGGAAAUGCAUCUGCUCCGCCUACUUUCACCAAGCGGCGCGCUUGAAGGGCAUUGGCGAGUACGUCAAUUGCCGCACCGGAAUGCCUUGUCAUCUCCAUCCCACCUCCGCGCUAUUCGGCAUGGGCUUCACACCUGACUACGUCGUGUACCACGAGCUCGUGAUGACCGCCAAGGAAUACAUGCAGUGCGUCACCGCGGUGGACGGCCACUGGUUGGCUGAAUUGGGCCCAAUGUUCUUCAGCGUGAAGGAGACUGGCCGGAGCGGUCGUGCGAAGCGACGGCAGGCGAUGCAACACCUCCACGAGAUGGAGCAUCAAAUGAAGGAGGCCGAGGAGGAGAUGAAGGCGCGCGCUCAGGAGCAGCUCGAGCGAGAACAGGCGUCAGUCCGAAAGAAGGAGAUUUUAACGCCUGGUAUUAGGGAACCGGGUACCCCUGCCCCGUAUCGUAAUACACCCGGAAGAUUAGGGUUAUAAUCGUAUUUUUUUAUGUAUAAUGUCUUAAAUUAGCAAAUUUAUUUAAUGAAACAGACAUUUAUUCCUAAUAGAGUUCUGUAAUAUAGAGAAGUUGCUAUUGUAAAUAGUAUAACGGAAAAAAAACAGCAAAAAAUAGCAUAAUUUGACAAUUAAUCGCUAACUGUAGCGUUACUGAUCAAAUUUAUAAUCUUAAUGAUCUCUGGAUUUUUUUAUUGAAUUUCUGUCUUUCUUGCAGCACAAACAAUACAAUAAUUACAAUGUACAAUUACAUUAUAGUAUUUACUUUUUUAGAUUAGGUAAUAAU